AUGCCAGUGCACUACAUACCAAUUCCCAAGAACCUGCAUCUGGGGUUGGCCUACGCCAGUGGGUCCGUUUUUGCAAACAGAACAUUUGAUGGUGGAGAGAGCCAGGAGGACAGACAGAAAACAGCAAAUGACAUUCUGUCACACCUUAUCCUUCAAAUGCUGCUGUAUUUCAAUGUCUUCUUCUUCCCGUUCUGGUGGAUAUCUGCAGCAGUCAUGCUGGAAUUGAAGUUUGACAUCCUGCCUGGGUACUAUCAAGGUGUCCUAGUAACAGGGAUGGUGUUGAUCACAGCAUUUGAAGGGUUAAGACUUUACCUUGGUGUUGUAGGGAAUCUGAAAGAAAAGGUUCCAGAGCUUGCAGGGUUCUGGCUCCUCACUUUCCUGCUCCAGCUACCCAUCCUGCUGUUCUUCCUAACCGACAAUGGCAUCAUCAUUCUUCCCUUAGAGAGGGCCAUGCACUCACUUUACCUUGUAUUUCUGUUGUCUGAGAUCCUAGCAGCUCUUCAGGCACUGCGGGUGAUGACCCGCAAACUCACACUCCAGUUUCAUCUCCGUCAACUCAGGGAAAGUGAUGGUCUGAUGGAGCGUUUUAACUGCACACUUGCCACACAGUUGUCCGUCCUCACCUCCCAACACCAGCGUGACUGGGAAAGGCGCUUGCGGCUGGUGCUGUGGGCGUGCCGCUCCACUGUCCAGGAGUCCACAGGCUGCAGCCCCGCCCUGCUCAUGUUUGGGCGUGAACUGAGAACGCUGGUGGACAAAGCUGCUGGAACCCAAGGGGAUCGAGUGUGGGUGUACAGGCCCCAGGAGAAACGUGGGCUCUGCCCCAAGCUCUCUGACAGCUGGGACAUUCUCGCCCCUUACCACCGCAAGGAGUCCUUGCUGGAGCCCCUCAUCAUGAGUCCACCAGAUCCAGCAGACUCACCACCUGUACGCAGACCCAGGAGGGAGUGCAGGUUGCCUCAGCAUCUUAGGGACUUUGUGCUGGCAGGAUCGACAGUCACUGGUACUGCUGGGGAGGCAAUGUAUGAGUGCUGA